AUGGACGUACCAACCACAAAGUCCCUCGCGGACAUCUACCCAGAAGAUGCACUUCAGAGCCAGACAGCAAGAUGGAAUGCGCUCCUCGCCAAGUUUACUGAGAUCUAUGGCAAGUCACCAGACUUCGUCUCCAGAAGUCCCGGCCGAGUGAAUAUCAUCGGCGAACACAUCGAUUACAGUUUAUAUGAAGUAAUCCCAAUGGCUGUCACAUCGGACGUGCUUCUUGCAGUCUCUGUCCACAAGAAAGAAACCGGCCCAAGCACAAUCCGCCUUACGAACGUGCACCCUCAGAAGUUUGAGUCUCGGGAAUUUGAUAUCCCAGACACUGGAGAUGUGCAUAUCGAUUCAAGCACUCUCGAAUGGACAAACUACUUCAAAUCUGGCCUGAUGGGCGCUACAGAACUUCUUCGCAAGAAGCAGAGUGAGUUCAAGUGCAGCAUCGGCAUGGACAUUCUAGCAGAUGGUAGCGUACCCUCUGGAGGCGGACUCUCGAGCAGCGCGGCGUUUGUAUGUGCGAGUGCGCUGGCAGUCAUGAAAGCAAAUGGCGAAGAGAAGGUCUACAAGAAGGAGUUGGUCGAACUUGCCAUCGUUUCAGAGAGAGCAGUCGGUGUCAACUCUGGCGGCAUGGACCAAUCCGCCUCGGUCUUCCCUCUCCAUGGUUCAGCACUCUACGUCUCCUUUGUCCCUGAGCUUUCCGCAAAGAACAUCGCAUUCCCCGAACUGAAGUCACCACUCACAUUCGUCAUUGCUCAGAGCUUUGUUGCGGCGGAUAAGCACACUACUGGACCGGUGUGUUACAACCUCCGAGUUGUGGAAGUCACCCUCGCAGCUCUCGUUCUCUCCAAGAUCUUCCGCCUCAAAGACCUCCCUUCAGAUGCCGGCCCUCUUGGCAUUAGUCUUCGUGGGUUCCACGAUACGUACAUGCAACAGCAUGAGAGCAUCGCAGACAACCACAAAGUGUCCAAGGCAGACUUUGCAGACCAAUUACAGGAUCUUGUUAAGAAGGUCGACGAGUACUUGCCACAGGAAGAGGGCUACAGCCGUGAACAGAUCGCCGCAAUCACAGGGCUGUCCGUCCAAGAACUUGAGACAAAGUACAUGAGCAAGUUCCCAAUUCGCGCAGAGAGAUUCAAGUUGAGGCAGCGUGCAUUGCACGUCUUCAGCGAAGCUGCCCGGGUGUUGAAGUUCAUGGACUUGCUCACUGCCCCGCCACCGGAGAAUGAGAAAGAGCUGCUGCUCGCUCUGGGCGAGCUUCUGAACGAAACUCAGGAGUCGUGUAGAGAAAUUUACGAGAACAGCUGUCCGGAGCUGGAUGAGUUGUGCGAGCUGGCAAGAUCGGCAGGAGCAUAUGGUAGUCGAUUGACGGGUGCUGGCUGGGGAGGCUGUUCCGUACAUCUCGUUCCUGAAGACAAGGUGGAGAUGGUCAAGCAGAAGUGGAUCCACGAGUACUACAAGAAGAAGUUCCCAGACAUCACCGAGGAGAAGCUGGAAGAGGCCAUUGUGGUCAGCAAGCCGGGUAGUGGAAGCUGCGUCUUCGGGGUCGAGGGUAGGAGCGAGCUUUGA